ACGGUUUUCAGCAGCGGCGCACGGGCGCGGCCAUGUUUGAUCACGUGAUUGCGCCGGCAUGACUGGCCUUGUGUUGAAGGCCAGCGAAGGAGCCGUACUGCUGUAGUCAUGGGCGACGGUGCGGCAAGCGGCGUUGUUUCGGGUCCACCGAUGGACAGCGGCUGGAUCGACGACACAAAGCUCUGGCCCAUGAUUCAACGAUCAUUUGUCUACGACUACAUGGUGAAGGCAAUCGACCAAGAUGGGAAGCCUGCACAGGACUACAGGGGGUUUGCAGAGGGCAUCAACCUUUCUGACAGUGGCAAUGAUGGGAAAGCUUUGUGUCAAUCCAAGGAUGGCAUCUGCAGCAUAAAGCUGUGUUCCAAGCUGCAGUGUUGGGUAGGGAUAGUCCUUGGUUGGACGCCCAUCAACAAAGUGAAUAGAACAUACCUGAAAGAAAAGGGUGAUUCAUGUAAUAUUUACAAUGGUUUGCUUUUAUUUGAACGUAAGAAUAAAGGAGUCCACAUAAAUAAAAAGCACGCACAUGGGUAACGCAUGCAGUUCUUAUUGCAAACUGCCACAAAUGUGACA